UGCAACCCCGUGGAUUAUGAUUCCUCGGAUUGAGUGGCCAAAGUCACUGACAAUUCGUACUCAACUCCGAAGAGACCACAACUGCACUCAGUAAAUCGCGGAGAUUGCGCGAGUGCAGUCGUUACACUCCCCCGGUCGACUGCAUUUUAUUAAUCACCGCUUCGAUAAUCGACUCUAAUCAUCAGACACCUGCAGAUUACGAGAGCAUCGAAAUGCUGGACUGCGAAAAUUUUGGCCAGACAUUUUCACCUCUACCCCCUGAUAAAAUUGACCUGGAGUCGUUAGUCAUCGAGGAAAAUUCCGCUGAUUCCGAUUGUUGGCAGGAUGAGGUGCUCCAGGAUCUCAGGAAGCUCCAGCGGUUACGAAUUGAUGAUUCAUCAAAGGUGUCAUCCGAGGAUCUUGUAAAAAUAAUAAGAGAAGGCCACAGCCUCCGGGAGUUAUCGCUCUGCUACUCGCACCUGUCAGAGGACCUUUUGCGAGUGCUAUCCCGUGAUAAUGUGUCCCUCCAGACGAUGCGAAUUGAGGCGCAUACCGAGCCGAAGCCCCUGGGGAGGAUAAGCGAUACAUCGUGGUCAGCCCUUCAAACCCACUCCCCGGGUCUCAAUCUCGUUAUGGCCUGUCACUUCGAGGACGACGAGGAUUACGACGCAGUCCUCGCAGCCCCGAUAACCCAUCUGUACCUCGGGGGAUCCCCGUCCUCAAAAAUCAUCCACAGAGUCAGUGAAACCUGCCCUCGACUCCUGGAGCUCGUGAUAAAUUCCACUUCCGGUGUCAUCGAUGAGGAAAUCCUGGCAACUGCCAGGGGAUGCCCACAAUUAUCUGCUGUAGGACUUGGUGACUGCGAAAUUACGUGUUCAGCACUCGUGAAAUUCGCGGAUAUCUGCAAAGACCGACUGAGAAUUCUCUAUGUCUGGGAGACGUCUCUCAUCGAGGAUGGGAAUUUCGACGUCUCCGAGGCUGUGGCCAGUGUAUCCUCGUUACUAGGGAGGUCGUGGACUCCAGAGUACGUGCCACCCUGGUGAGGGUACCUCAAUAAAUCCUUGAACUCGAUUUUUACACACAGAUGAUAAAUCAUUAACUGGUUGAACUAUUUUUAUAGUAUCCCCUAUUUUAAAUUCUCAAACUCAACGAGGAAACAGUAUUUAAUAUAUUUAAGUUGAUUAUUCAAUAAAUUUAAAUUCAUUCGAAUAUUUUUACCGAAAGUUCUUGCAGAUUUUCUAUUUAUUUUAUGAACGUGAAUACGGAAUAAUUGUUUACUCGUUAGUUUAAAUGAUCAGAUGUGACGAGUAAAAUAGUAUUUAAUGAACUGAAGUGGAUGAUUAAGAGCUGAUAUUUAAAAUACUGCUAGAAAGAUUAUGUUUUUAGUGGAAUGGAGAUGUUUAUGCGGUUUUUAAAAAAUUAUUGUGAGAAAAAGAUGUCCGGUAGUCACAAAUCACCCACAUUUAUCUCCAAUUAACGUAUACAGAUGUAUUAUGCGUAUGUACAUCAAAUUAUUUACAUACAAAUAACGUUAUUAUUUACAAAAUGAUAUACGUGGAAUUACAAGUAUCGCCAGUGUUUAUUGGACGAGCUCAUAAUUGCACAUCAACAAUCAUGCCAUGUUACUCUUCACAACUCCAUCGUUAAUUCUACUGAUAAUACUAGGUUACUGUCACAAGGCUCUCAGUCUUAUGUACUAGCUGGUACACCGGAAAUAAAAGAUAUUAUCCACAACUCAAAUGAAAUAAACAUUUUUUUUUUAAAUCACGUGGAGCCUCGGGAGCGUAAAACCAUUAAUAGAAAAAAUUGUAAUUUCAAUGGAACACGUGAAGGAAAAUGAAAUUUUUCACUCAAUUGAGACCAGCUUAGUCUGUUGUUAUUUUAAUAAAGCUUUGAGUUGAAAUUCGCAGUUAUUCCAUCUAAUUUCUAAUUAUUUAUAAUU